AUGCCGACAUCCGGAUGACUUGUUGACUAAUUUGCGAGAUAAUGUUAACACCUCAGAAACGGAUGGUUGAGAGUGUUAGAAUUGAAUUGAUUUGAUCAUUUGAAUGGCAGUGUCUACAUGACAACAUGUUAUGUCUUUGGUUCGCGGCUCCCUUUCGCCAUGCCUGCGGACCGACUGUACCUGCUUUUCUUGCUGGUUGUGAUCUCCUGCGGGGAUGGUGUCGUGAGAGUGGCGGCGGAGGCUGGUUUCGUAACCACCACCGGCCUACACACGCUGCUGACCGCCGAGGACAAUGGCAUCGCCACUGUCCCAGACGGAUCCAGCACCGGCAAGAUGGCCUUGUAUCAGUGGGCUCAAACACCGUCUCCACUAACACCAGAGCUCCGUUUUGCCCUAAGGGUCUUGGUGAAGGACCAGGUGACCCGGCGGCCUCUAAGCGGUGCCCAGGUGGAAGUGUUUGUCAACCACACCCUGUGGAGCCAGGCCCUGACUGGGGAGAGGGGAGAGGUGCUAGUCAGGGCCCCCUACAGCGUGGGCCUCAGUUUUAUCAUCGUUGCGAGCAUGGACGGCUACGUCCUCACCCCGAUGCCCUGGAGGACCACCAAGAGACCCAUAUUCUCCUCCAUCACCUUGUCGCUGCUUCCUCAAAACCAAGGAAACAUCUGGCUGUUUGAUGACUCGGUGCUCAUCACCGGCAAGUUACCCGACAUCUCCAACCAACCCAGCGUUCAGUUCCCGAAGAGUCUCCUGAAGCUCUCUGACAGCGGUAACAUCUCCACGGUGACGGCCUACCUGACUGUACCACGGCACCACCUGGCUAAGGGCUGCGUCAACUGCUCCCCUGGCAUCAUACACAACAAGUCAGUGUUCAGGAGUGUUGAGUUACGGGCUUUGGCAGCUCUCAGUACUCUGUUGUACUCUGGUGGCAAGGAGGUCGAGGUCAGAGGGCCCAUCCAGAUCUCCCUGCCCCUGGCAGACACUACCAACCUGAGGCCCUCUGACACCAUUCCUGCCUGGGCCUUCAACAGCCAGACAGGGGCUUGGGAGAACCAUGGUGUGGGAAUAGUGAAGAUGGUUGGAGAUACUCUGGUCUGGACCUACAUGGCGUCUCACCUGGGCUACUGGAUCGCUGCACACCAACCAUCCUCCAAUGGUUACAUGGGCCACGGUAGCUCAUUGGAAUUCCUGUCCUACCACACCUACCUGCUCAUAGGAAUACUGGGGGGAACUUUGCUCAUAGUCGUCGGGUUCCUGGCUGUGCUGCUCUGCCACUGUGGAGGUUCGGCUAAUUCCCGCUCACCGAGGAGGAGAAAAGCACGGUUCUCCAAGCUGUCCGUCCUGAAAAAGGACCAGACCACCUCCACCCACAUGGAAGAGGCCCAUGCCAUGAUGUCCCUCCACCCUGGAGACAGAUCCCACGGCCACUGUGACCAGUCCUCCACCCCGAGGCACAACAAAGCCAACUACAACAUCUACGUGGAAGACCCAGGUCAUGGGUCCUCUGUCCCCUUGUAUGAAAACCUGGGGGGCGGGGCCAGGGGCCCGCAGGCGUCCAACCAUUACGUCAACAGUGACGAGGUGGCCAGGCUGAGGGAGCGGUCCAGAGAGGAGCAUAACAGGGCCCAUCUGGGUGGUGGCGCUCAACUGCUCCAUCUCUACAACCAGCCUAUGGCCCUUGUCCAGGCCACGGAGCUAUUCGGUAGCCAGGGGGGCGAGCAGCAAGGGUCAGGCUGCAAGUCGGCCACCUUCCCCCGCAACGGAGGAGACUACGACUCCCACUCCUGUUCAGAGCCGGGAGGUCAGGACAGCUACGCCCAGACCCUCCCAAAGAAUGCCCACCACACCCAGGGAGCCAAGCCCCAGCAGGAUAACCAGGACCAGCCCCAGUCGUUGGAAACCCCUCCCCAGGGCCCAGCCUCUACUCCAGGCUUGUGGGGCCGCUACAACAGCCUACUGGAGUCGUCCCUGUCCGUCCCUGGUACCCUGAACGAGGCCGCCGGAAUGGGCUCCUUUGGCGGCGGGGUUGGUGGUCCCGGCGAGCUUCAGGGGAUGUCCGAGCGUACUCUCCUGGAGAUGACCCGGGGCAAGGCCUCGUCCCCUCACCCCAGGGCUUGGUUUGUAUCCCUGGAUGGCAAGCCAGCCGCCUCGGUCCGCCACUCCAUCAUUGAGCUCCACGGGCGCCACCCCCGACCUCCCAGCAGCAACGACACCAGCCUGGACUCGGGCGUGGACAUGAACGAGCCCCAGCAGAGCACGAGGGAGUUGGACCGGGAGAGGCCGUCGAUCCGGGGAUCGUUCCCCCACCACAGCAGGGGGCGCUACAGCGAGGACCAGGACCUGAGCAGCAGCGAGAGCGGCAACACUGCCACCUGCACUCCAGAAGACCCCUACCUGAGAAACAUUCUGGACGGUAGCAGCGGGGCCAUCCCUAACAUCCCGGAGGAGCGGGACGGCAUGGAUACGUCCAGCGCCCAGGAAGACAGUGAGUCGAGGGGGACGCCGCCCCCCCGCCGGCUGAGGAAGGUGAGGGAGAAGGGAAGGGCGGAGAAAAGGAGUGCCAGGCACCACGUCAGAGAGGAGAGGCCCCUGGUGAAACGGACCUAAGGCUCUGUUCGCCGGAGACCAUCUGUGCCGGGACAUGUUUUAAUACAAGUUCACUUCCGACACAGUCCACAUGUUCUGCCAUUAAGUAGUUAGCGGGCUUUUUUCAAGUCCAGUUGCAUGAUCAGGGCUUUUUUUUGUGUGGGGGGUGGAUUGGCUGAGGUGGUUACAGAAAUGUUGGUCAGUUAGGAAAGGGGUUGAGUCUGUUGUUUACUGUUUUUCUAUCAGGACCGGACGGCUGAGACAGUAUAAGCCUGUGUCCAAACGUUUUUCUGUGUUUUGAGACAGAUGUCUACGCUGCUGUCGCAGGCUCUCAUUCCAAACAGAGUAGCUGAUAGAUGCUAGCGUUGUGCGCAGCAGAAGUACGCCUUCAGUCUUAUUCCUGUUACUUGCAUUAAAGAAGUUGCCUUCUUCACGCUGCCUGCAGUUAGGACUUUAGAGAUACUGUUGAGAAAUAAUGAUGGCUAAUUAGAGGACAGAGGGCUGUAUUGAUCUGGACACAAGGACCUCCAGGCAUACAGUCUUCCUGUACAGAAUGCUCACACGUAUCCACCCUGAUUGCCUGCCUUUAAAGGAAAUCAAUAAAAAGACCAUUGGCUGCUCUGCUCACUGUGCUUUAGACUGGUCGUACUCAGCCAUCUGUCGAUCUCCCUCUUUAGAAACGAGACACUGAUUCACAGCUGACCCCAUUCAGAGGUCAUAAUUACACCUCUGUUAAGAGGGAAAGGCCGGAUUUCUUUGAGAAUGCAUGAAAGGUAACAAUGCUCCAUUUUGUGUAUGAGAGGACGUGCAACUAUUUAUUUAUUUUUAUGUAGUGGGAAUACAAUGGAAUUGAUGUCUCUUGGAGAGAUUGAUCCCAUCAUUUUUUACUUAUACAUAUUCUUCAAUAGUUGCUGGAGAUGUUCAAUGAUUUGUGGUCCAAAUGCAGAUCUUGAAAAGCAUCUCUGUUCUUAAAUAGAGUUGGGGCAUGAGGAGCUGGUCAGAAUAAAAUUACAUGGUUCAAUUUAAAAAGCACAGAACACUUAAGAUCUGUCUAGUUUUUACACACUGGACACGGUUCAUCCAGUUGAAUACAUUUUAAAUGGUUCAAAACCACUACAACGACGACCUGUUAAGCAUAACAUUAAAGCACUCAAAUAAAUGAAAGCACUCAAGAAUGAUGUUUUGUGUAAAAGCCAGGCAUUAUUUCAAAUGAACACAAACUUUAUUACUGUGAUUGAUUGAUGAAUUUGAUGAGGCACACAACAUCUGUGAACAAAUCUGACCGGCAGUGUCUGUCUAGUAGGUAAAUCUGAAACACAAUUCUUAUGUAUUUUGGCCAUAUUUAGUCUUCCUUUUAUGGUGUAGUGUGGUAACAUUGACGCACACCAGCCCUCCAUUGAGUAUGGAGCUUAAUACUGCACACAUAUAGCUCUUUUUUUUUUUAUGUACAUAUGAUGUAGUAUGUGUGAUACUGGGGUACUUUAUGUUGCGGUGUGCACACGUAGUCCUGUCCUUCCUCUGAAACUGCAAAGACAAAUGUUUAGAGAGAAUGCUUCUCGGUGUGAAUAAAAACCAGCUUUUCGAGCCGUCAUCCCUUCGUAAACUCAAAGCUUUACUGUAUAGGUUUGUUACAUUAUUGUCUAUCUGCACAUGGUGAAAUGAAUAGGUUCCAAUGAGAUGGGGAGUGUAAAAAGCUUGAAUACGUAGCAAAUUCACCUUAUUUCUAAAUGUAGCAACGCAAGUUCCACACCUGACAAUUUAUCAAGCUUCCAAAUAUUGAAUGGUGAGCUUUUUUGUUGUUGUUGCUAUAGCCACUGACGAAGGUUAUGUAAAACAAGGCGAUUCAAGCGCUGGAGAAUUGUAUCAAAUACAUUGUGUGAUAUUUCUCAAAGAAAAACAGAUCCUACUGGCCCAGACUUUUCUCAAAGUGGCCUUCACUGAAUGUAUUUAUUUUAAUGUAAUGUAUUGUAUUUCAAAUGUAUGUAGUCAGUUCAUGUUUACAGGCAUUCAGGCUUAUGAAACAGGCAUCUCUUGUGUUUGAUUACAUCAGUAUAUUACAGUAGUGUUAUUAGUCUGCCUUUUUGUGCACUUAUCAAAGCCUCAUUAAUAAACUCACUUGAUACCAAGAUGCUA